AUGAUGUCUAUGUAAUCUAGGCAGAUACGCUUCGCAAAAACACCAGCUUCCAGUAUUCUCACGACAUGCACCUUUAACAGGGCAAAAACAGAAAAGGACAAUACGAGGAGAAUACCGCGCGUGAUAUUCGCUCUGUCUUUCCUUUCCUUUUUGCAUACUAUGCUUGAUGCUCGAAUGAUUUGUUGAUCGCGCAUUUUUUGAAUUCAAACCAAGGACUCUUCGCCUUAAGCGUCACCACAAUCUGCUCCUAACUUCGUUCCAUUUGAUUUUAAUCACAAAAACCAUAUUACGCAUCGACAAUGGCUUCUUCACCUUCGAACGAACCGCAUCAGAAUGGCCCUCUGUCAAACUCCGCCGUGCAAGUAGGCGCUAUUGGGAAAUCGUCCGCCGCGCCUCCACAACCUACCACCGAUGGCGUGGAAAUGAAGAAUAUGGCAGCGGGUGGAGAAGCGAACAGGUCAUUGCUGCCAGUUGAAGAGGAUAUCAUGCAGCUUGCUCGACUGGGUGAGAUUGGUGCAAUGCAAAAGUUAUUUGACACAAAAAAGUACAGCGCCAAAUAUAAGGAUGAGGAAGGCAUUACGCCUUUACACUGGGCUGCAAUAAACAAUCAAUAUGCCAUGUGCCGCUUCCUCCUCGACUCCGGCGCCGAUGUCAACGCCAAAGGGGGUGAAUCUGUCGCUACACCGGCUAUGUGGGCUGCACAACGAUGCCAUUACUACAUCGUAGACUUGUUACUACAGCGCGGUGCUGAUCCUCUUUUGACGGAUGCCCAGGGUUACAAUAUUUUACACCUGGCUACAAUUGAUGGAAAUGCAUUCCUGGUGAUUCUCCUACUCCACCAGGGAAUUCCAGUUGACGUUACAGACCCCCAGGGUCAUACUGGCUUAAUGUGGGCAGCAUACAAGGGACUGCCUGUUUGCGUCGAUAUGUUUUUGCGAUGGGGAGCUAAUGUGAAUGCAAUCGACGAGGGUGGUCUCACCCCGUUACACUGGGCUUUGGUGAAAGGAUCGUAUUUGUGCAUUGAAAAGAUACUUGAGUACGGUGCAGAUCGGACCGCAAAGACGAGAGAUGGCAAAUCCCCAGCGACAGUGGCUAGCGAAAUGAGAUCAACCAGAGCCUGGCAUCGGGCUUUGAAUGACUGCGGCUACGACCAGAAAGGCAAUUUGAAGACUCUUCCUAUGGGCAUGACUGUAUUCUUGCACAGCAAGAGCCUAUUGACCAAAUACUUCUUCUUGUGGCCUUUCAUCUCCAUUUUUCUAGCGAUCUGGGUUAUUAGCAAAUUCGCUAUAUAUAUCGGGUUGCCAUUGGCAGUGGUGCUUGUCUUCGGCAUGCAGUAUCUGGCCCAAAUAGUUGCUAAUCAUGGACCGGGCGAGUUUCGUGUUCUUCAAAAAACGCCUUUUCUUGCGGGAGUGUUUGCAGGCAGCCUGUUCUGGGUGGGAGCAAUAUAUCUUCUGCGAGUUGUGUCCGUGACCUGGGGCUCAUAUCCGAUUUCGAAUGUCUUUUUUGUCGUAUUCUACACACUAACAACAUACUUCUACAUCUUUUCAAUGGGCGGAGACCCCGGCUACAUUCCCAAUAUCGGUAGCAGGAAUCAACAAAGAGAGGUUAUUAGAGAUCUGUUUGAUAACUGGAAAUUUAACGAAGAGCAUUUCUGCAUUCAUUGCAUGAUUCGAAAGCCAUUACGAAGCAAGCACUGUCGUCGGUGUUCCCGAUGCGUGGCAAAACAUGAUCACCACUGUCCAUGGAUUUUUAACUGUGUUGGAGCGAAUAACUUACGCCAUUUUGUGAUAUACGUCGUGAGUCUGGAGAUUGGUAUUUUGCUAUUCAUUAGACUUGUUAUCGGCUAUAUUGAACUCCUCCCUCCCCCAGAAACUUUGCAAUGCAAUGUCAUCAACGACAACUUGUGCAGCAUAGUCUCUAAAGACAGCUUCACCCUAAUUCUUACUGUGUGGGCUACCCUUCAAUUGAUCUGGGUCACAAUGCUAGGCUCCGUGCAAAUGGUCCAAAUCUCGCGGAAUCAAACCACGUACGAAAACAUGAGAGGCCAUACAAUGAACGAUUCGCAUUCUGCCUCUCAGGCAAUUACGUCUGCCCUUGUUGCGGGAACCACAUCUACCUCGGCUGCUGGACUGACGAGUGCCGGGCAUGGUCCAAAUCCUGAGAUUCCAAGCGCACCAACCCAUAACCAUCGUCGUCGUGGAUUUCUUGGGCAGUGGCAAACUCUGUUGGGACUGGAUACUUUCUUUGCUACCGCGCAAGGCCGCUCUACUAAGAAGAAAAACCCGUUCUCCCGUGGCUUCGUCACCAACUGUCGAGACUUCUGGUUCGAUGCGGCCCCAUUUUUCAAGAAACGGGAGCCCGGAUCUGGAAUGCUUGAUGGCGAGGCUGUUAACUACUACACCAUGUACGAACCCCCGUUGAGACUGCACGGUAGGAGUGGUUCCAGCGGCGCUUAUAUGAGUGUCGCUGGGGAGGAUCCUGAGCGGGGAGAAUAGCCGCUUUGAAAAGUUAUCAUCUGACGCUGGUUUUGGAAGCUUUUCGGUCGUCAAUUGCAAAUGAUUGCAUAUACAUACAUCUACAUAUAUAUAUAUUUCCAUAGGAACGAGUUUUUUUCAUCGAGCGUUCUACCGAAAUGAUGGAGUUACUUCUGGCAUACAUAGAUGGUGGGGUGUGUUAGAGAGGUGUCGUAACCGAAUGGCAUUGAUAUAUCUUUUGUACUUAUCUCCUGCAGGAGGUCAUAAUGUCAAAUACUUGUUAUAUUGAUG